UCUGGUAGAUUAACAAUUGCUAUGUUUGGUGAUCUUGUACCUAUGACAUCUCUCAACUUUAUUUCCUUGUGUAAGGGAUUUAAGAAGCGAAAUAUUUUAUAUAAAUAUGCUGGUACUGAAAUUCACAGAGUCGUCCAAGAUUUUAUCAUUCAGGGUGGAGACGUUACACACAAAAAUGGAGAGGGAGGUAUGAGUUUAUAUGGUCCAAUUUUCGACGAUGAAAACUACAAAAUAAGUCAUUUGUCAGCUGGUAUUGUAUCUAUGGCUAACUACGGACGUAAUUCUAAUGCUUCACAGUUCUUCAUCUUAUUACAAAAAUCACGAUGGUUAAAUCAAAGACACGUUGCUUUCGGCAAAGUAAUCAAGGGA